AUGACCGAAACAAAGAUGCAGCUGGAGGACUGGCUAGAUGACUUGUGCGUCCGCUUUAUUAUAAACCUGCCUCGUGAAGAAUUGGAAUCAGUUGAACGAAUAUGUUUCCAAGUCGAGGAAGCGCAAUGGUUCUACGAAGAUUUCAUCCGGCCGUUGGAUCCGGCCCUUCCUUCGUUAUCGCUGAAAGCUUUUGCUCUGCGGAUUUUCCAGCAUUGUCCGCUCAUGGCCAGCUGGUCCCGAUACCACCAUAUGACCGCAUUUUCUGAGUUCCUUGCCUACAAGACUCGAGUUCCUGUUCGUGGCGCCAUUAUGUUGAACCAAGAAAUGGAUGAGGUCGUCCUGGUCAAGGGUUGGAAGAAGGGUGCGAAUUGGAGUUUCCCCCGCGGGAAAAUCAACAAAGAUGAGAAGGAUAUUGAUUGUGCCAUUCGUGAAGUAUACGAGGAAACUGGCUACGACGUUCAGGAAGCAGGACUCGUCCCUGGCGAUGAGAACGUUAAGUUCAUUGAGAUCACCAUGCGUGAACAACACAUGAGGUUAUAUGUUUUCCGCGGCGUACCACGUGACGCUUACUUUGAGCCUCGGACAAGGAAGGAGAUCAGUAAGAUUGAAUGGUGGAAGUUGUCGGAUUUGCCGACUUUGAAAAAGAGCAAGCAAUACGAUCAGGGACAGGCUGCUGCCAAUGCGAACAAAUUCUACAUGGUUGCGCCUUUCCUACAUCCGCUCAAAAAAUGGAUUGCGCAGCAGAAGAAACUCGAUCCGAAAACGCAUCUGGAUGCAGGCCAAGCUCUUAAUGAUGGAGAGUUCUCGAUGGACGAAGGUCUCCAGGCCACCAAUGUUGGUCACCUGCCGAACAAAGUGCCUCUGGAAGCAGCUGUUCCUAGUGACUUGCCUGAAGUGGCAGCAUCUCAAGAUGCAUCUGCGCAUCUUAAGCGCCUCCUCAACAUCAACGCCGGUCUUCCUGCGCCAGGACCAGUCCAAGAAUUCUCCAAUACCGAUCAGAAUUCGUCCAAAUCCCAUGCUCUUCUGGAAUUACUACGGAGCGGUUCUUCAGGUAAUCAACUUUCACAGUCACAUCUGGAUAGACCUGAACCGCACCCGCCGUCGGGGUUCUUUCCCGGUUUCCCUCAGCAAUAUGCCGGGCCCAUGGGCGAUGUGCCUCGUUUUCCACCCCCAUACCGUGAUCCUUCGCAGGUCCCAUUUUCCUCGGCAAAUCAACAUCUACCGCAAGUUCCGCCGGCGUUCUCAGCAGCUCCCCCAUCAGGAACCCUGGCUGGCUACCCAGGCGCGUUCGAUUCACCCCAACACCGUCCCGCUCCGCCAAGCCCACCGCUACCACCCGGAUUCCAUCCUGUCCAGGGACAGGCUCCUGCUCCAGCUCCGUACCAGCGGACGGGAGAUCCUCAAUUCUCUCAUUCAGCGCAACCUCCCCAAAUCCAGGGUGCAGCCAUUCCACCUGCUAGCAAUCUGCCUCCACCGAAGCUUACAAGUCAUUCUUUGGCGUUAUUGAACGUGUUUAGAGACGAGAAGAAACAGGCCCCGCAGACCGCUGCUUCGACCUUGGCAGCGCAACCUGGGGUACCUCAAAAGAAUGAACGUAAACCUUCCCACCAUCAGGAUCAGCUGCUUAGCUUGUUGAAGGGAUCUCCAGGGCCAGCUGCUUCGCGGCCGGCUGAGCUAUCAGCGCAUCCCGCGUCUCCGGGAAGGAAGCAGAUCCUCCAACGUCCGAACUCGGGUUCAAACACUAAUCAGCAAGCAACCAAAGGGGCUUGGACAUCCGCCACGGUAUCCGGGCCACUCAAUACACCACAAUUUGAGGCAAUUCCAAAAUCGUCGACUAGGAAGAAGAAAGACCCGAAGCGUCAAGAAAGCCGAGACCGGCAGGCACAGCCUCUGGCUUCACCCAUUACCAUCUUGCCCAGGCCACAAAGUGCUAGGAGGGAGCAAACUCCUAGUCCAAGACAAAAGCCUCCUGUUCAGACUUCUCGUCCUCGGCCUGUGAAGGCAAAGUCUCCAGAACCAGCGAAGACGUUCCAGCCGCAGAUACUGCGUCGUUCUGAUAAAGCGGUCGUGGAGGGCACACUACCCAUCCGGACUAAGGAUACGGAAGAGCCCCACGCAACCGCGGAUAUUUCUGGGUCUCCUGAUGUUCCUAUUCCACACCCAGAUACCUACCGGCGGCCGAGCCAAACGCCCGCCCAAAGAGAGGCCCUGCUCUCCCUCUUCGGCAAAUCUGCUCCUUCCCCGAAAGGCCCACCUGCAGAGCAGCUGAACUUGCAGACCUCUGUCUCCAAGCAUUCUACUGCACCUUCUGUUGUUAGCCCUCUUACACCGCAUCAUCACCCAGCGGGCAAUGGAGUGCCCAGUGACGAGGGGGUCAGUAUGAUGCGGCCCACGACACUCCCGCAGUCAAUAUGCACCCGUUGCUCAACCCAAUGGCGAUUGCUUUCCACUCAGCAGCCCCGGAGUCCGCCGUCUCCCCCGCAGGCCGGAUAUGCUCGCCUCACCAACAGAGGGUUGAUAUCCAUUACGGGCGUCGAUAGUACGACGUUUCUACAGGGCCUGAUCACUCAGAAUAUGUUUAUUGCGAAUGACCCAAACCGCAGGGUACGGCACACAGGAACCUACGCUGCUUUUCUCAACUCGCACGGCCGAAUUCUAAACGACGCAUUCGUUUACCCGCUACCCCCGACGGAGGCCGCUUCACCGGAGGAACCGGCAUGGCUAGUGGAAGUGGAUAAGGACGCCGUGCCGAAGCUCUUGAAGCACCUGAAAAAACAUAAACUACGAGCCAAGCUAAAGCUGCGCGCUCUGGAUGAGGGCGAGCGGACUGUCUGGGCGUCUUGGAAGAAUCAUACUGAGCCGCGCUGGGCGGCGUAUAAUCUAGAGCCGCCAACGUCCUCACCUUUCCCAUCGGAUGCCUCGAUUGUUGGAUGUGUGGAUACUCGGGCACCUGGGUUCGGAUCCCGCUUAAUCAUACCCGGAGCGGACGACCUGCGAGCGCACUUUCCCGAUGAGACGCAGGUUGCGGGCUCGGAGACCGGUCUAGAUGGGUAUACUGUCCGUCGGAUUCUUCAUGGUGUUGCGGAAGGCCCCGCCGAAGUUGUGGGCGAGUCAGCGCUGCCAUUGGAGUACAACAUGGAUAUGAUGAAGGGCGUUGAUUUCCGCAAGGGCUGCUAUGUCGGUCAGGAACUCACAAUCCGAACACACCAUAGAGGUGUUGUGCGGAAGCGGGUUCUACCUGUCCAGCUGUACGAAGGUGAUAUGAGCGCUGUUUCAUCUUCGGAUGUACCCGUUUAUGAUCCCUCCAUUGAGCCCCCUCUGCCUCCUUCAGGAACGAAUAUCUCCAAGGUCGGUCCGCGUAAGGGCCGCAGUGCCGGGAAGUUUUUGGGAGGUAUUGGUAAUAUCGGACUUGCGCUGUGUCGCUUGGAGAUGAUGACUGAUAUCGCACUUACUGGCGAGGCGACUCAAUUCAGCCCUGACCAGGAGUUUAAAAUCUCCUGGGAUGGUUCGGAAACACCAGACGCCCCGGAAAGCGGAGAGGUGAAGAUCAAGCCGAUUGUGCCAUCAUGGACAAGAGAUUUUAUCGAGGCUGGCGGUGCCAAAGCCAACAACACUAAUCGCGAAGGCCACCGUGCGAAAGAUUAUGUAGAGCAGUUGGAGGAAGAAGGAGCUCAACGAUGA